GGGUGGUUCAGGGGCGGGUUUAGUAUGAAUCCUUGAAGUUGAGGUAUGGUAUGUUGUUGUGGUACACUGAGUUGGAUCGUCUGGUGUAGGGGAUCAUGAAUCAAAACAGUAGCAACGUGCCCGCUUUUCUUGUCAAGUUAUGGGCAUUGGUGGAGGACUCUACUACCAACGACGUUAUUACGUGGAGUGGGAAUGGUCAGAACUUUCGUGUCCUGAAUGAGCAUAAAUUUGCAAAAGAAAUUCUUCCCCUGUACUUCAAACACAGCAACAUGUCUAGCUUUGUUCGACAGCUGAAUAUGUAUGGAUUUCGAAAAGUUGUUAGUUUAGAAGGUGGCCUAAUAAGACAUGCUGAGGAUUUAAUGGAAUUUCACCACCCCUUUUUCAUUCAAGGUGAAGAGAAAUUGUUGGAGAACAUCAAACGCAAGGUCUCAUCAGUGAAAAUAGAAGAAACCAAAAUGUCUCCAUCAGAACUGCAUGAUGUGCUGCUAGAUGUACAGCAGAUGAAGGGCAAGCAGGAUAACUUUGAUGUCAAACUGGCAGACCUCAAAAGGGAAAACCAGAUUCUGUGGCGAGAGGUGGCAUCUUUAAGGCAGAGGCAUGCAGAGCAGCAGAAUCUUUUAAACAAGGUGAUUCGGUUCAUCAUUGGUUUGCUUCAGACCAAAGUGUCACUUAGGGUUAAAAGAAAGCGGCCCUUGAUGUUCAGUUUGGCAGGACCUCGUCCUCCUAAACAAAGUCGUCAGUGUGUGUCAAAGAAAUCUGAAACUACUGCAGAGGGGAAUAGAUUAGUUCUGAAUAACGCACAUGAUGUGUCAGAAACUGGACUUGUUAUUCAGGAUGUUACAAAUUCACAGGAACAGUGUACAGAAGAAAAAAGUUUAGCAAUCCAGACAGAAGGAACGGUGCAUAAUGGGAUGAAACAUCACAAUCAGGUAAAUAAAAUACUUGUAUCCUGUGAUGAAGAAGUGACAUCAGAAUCAAACACCCUAACAGGUGCAAAGUGCUACACUUCAGAAGGCAGUUGGGCACCGAUAACACCAAAGGAAAUUCUUGCAGUUCAUUCUCCUAGCAUCGAGAACCAAGACUUGAUAUUAGAAGCCAUCUUAAAUGGGAAUAGUGCUCCUACACAAAAUGUCUGUUUAAUUGACAGGGAUAGUGUUUCAGGUCUAAUGCAAGUUAUACCUGCUUGUGAAAUAUCCCACACUGAAGUAGUAGAAGAAAAGAAUGUACCCAGUACCACAGCUGCUGCAUUAAGCUCUACUGCAAAGGACAGUGGAUUAAACAAUGCCACUGAAGGCAUAUUGGUUCCAUCUGGUAGCACUGAAGAUGCUGGCUCAGUUAUAGAUUCUAUUUUAAAUGAGAACAUUGCCAGAACAAAUGAAUUCACGCUUGACAGGUAAAUCUUUCAGUCUUUAUAU